AUGGCCAAGAAGAAGAAUAAGAGCCAAAGCAAUGGCGAUUCUCCAGAAACCCAAAUUCCUGCGGGUUCUGCGCCAUCAUCAGCAUCAACUACUGGUACAUCAACUACAUCAACACCAAAAUCAAAAGAUACAAAGUCCGCCCAACAACCCUCAACAUCUGCACUUAUUAUUUGUCGCAACAAACACUGGCGUUAUAUCUCCUCCUUCCAUGGACCAUGGCUACAAUUGCCCCCGGAGGUUCUAGAAGCUCUCGCAAAUAAUAAUUAUGCUCUCCCUCGACCCCGACCGAUUGACCCCGCGGUCUUCUUCGAUAUCUUUAAAAUCCGCCAGCUCGUUGACGAUGCUACGAAUCUCGCAGUGCGCGCCGCCAGUGGUGUAACAUCAUCUUCCCUCACAAAUUCUCUUAAUGCUGGAAAUGGCUUAUUAGGUAAUGGGGGAACGGCGCUGGGUCUGGGGAUUGGAGGAGGGGGCGGGAAUGCGAAAUUGAGUAAAGAACGAAAACAUCGGAUGCGGGAACAGGCGACACAAAAGUUAUCCAAGGCGUAUCAUCUGGAUGAGAUUGCAUGUAGUGUUGCGACCAUGCAAUCUGCUUCUACACUGGAGGACGUAGCCCAGCUUGUCCUGCAGAGAAAUCCCAAUGAUUCGGAUGCCAAAUACGUGCACUUUUUCCAUGAGAAAAUUCCCUCGCGACAACUGGCAGAAUGUACAAGUCUACAACCAUUGGAUGAAGCCAUAGCAGAUAGGCCGAGUGAGGGCGAAAUAUUGAGGACUCGAGCUGUUACAAAAUUAUUUAAGGAAGACUUUGUGGGAGCGGCACAAGAUUUUACUUCUGCUUUACAAGUCUGUAGAUAUUAUCAGAACCAGCAUAAGGCAGGUCGACAACAGAUUCAGCUAGCAAGUGAAGCUGCAGCUGAAGCUCAGCGAAAUAACAGUGGUAGACGGAGAGACGAGUUUAAGUUAGACGAGGAGGACCACCCAAGUAGUCUUGAGACCCAACUUCUAUUUCAUCGCGCUGGUGUGUAUUUGACUAUUGCCUGUCAACACGUUAAUGCAGCUUUACCACCUACGUCCUCCCCUUCAAAGUCGUGGAAAGAUGUAGAGAGGGCCAUGAAGACCCCCGGGUCCUCCAAUGGAGAGACAGCUAAUGGAGAAACAAACGGUGCCAAUGGCACCACAGAUGAAGCACCCGAGAUAACCCCAGCCCAGAAAGAAGCACAUCGAAAACGUCUGGAGGCACGGAAAGUGGUGAAAAUAAAUGCGAAGAGGGCACUAAGAGAUUAUGUAGCAUAUUUGUCGCAUCUGGAAUAUACCCCUGGCCUUCCAGCCGAAAUCACUGAAGAAUUUGUCCGAAAGGUAAAUUUAGCUGCGAAUGGUUACAAAAUUCCGCGACCACCUCAAACCAAGCACAAUAAGAAGGUCCUUGAUCUGGCAAGUAACGCAUCAUUAAGUAAUGGCCAACUUUCCGAUGCACUCAUACCGCAUACUGGCCACAAUGGAAGACGUCGGCCCCAAUCUAGUACUUUUCGACCACCUGAUUUACCGUCUCUCCCUCCAAAUAAAGUCUACCAAAUAUCAUCCUUAUUCUCUGCCACCCCACCAGCCGAUCUUCCUCCUUACCCAGAAACAGCCACAAGUUUAACAACUAAACAACAACUCCGCGCAUCCCAAUCCGAGGCAGCUCAGCACAUACUCGCCCAAGCCGACUGUCAUGAAGCUCUUACCUAUCACCCUCUUCUAACCGAUGCCCUCCAUUCCCUCUUACUUUGUCACUGCCUCGUACAAACCUCCGCCCGUGAACUUCAACGCCACGCCCAUAUGGUCGCGCGACUCGCCCGUGUUUGCGACGGCUAUCCCGUCUUCCAAGCAGCAAGAUCACCAUCCCGCGCCGACUGGAUUGAAGUAGUUCGUCGCAACGACAAUUGGAUCUCUCUUGCCGCAUCUUGGGAAAAUCUGUGCGCGCCCGCGCCGUUACCAGGCCAAACCCUUAGUAAUCAACAGAAGGAGACAGCGGCGGAGAAGAAAGAGAGAUUGAAACAACAAGCUAUCAUGGAAGCACUUGAAGAUGAUCGUGUUCAUGAUGAAGCUAGCUUUCAUGCGGCAGUAGCGGCUAGACAAAGGAGACAAGAAGAGGAAGCUAGGAAGGCCGAGGGAAGAGAAAUACCAAAGCGAUGGGCUCAGGAGGAUGGGAAGGAGUAUCCUAUUAGUACGGAUAGAGCUGAGGCGAUUGUUAGAUGGCUCAGAGAAGCUCCUGUCGGCGGCGAUGGUACCGGGUUAAAGAAAAAGAAGAGAGGUGUUAGGGGGAAGGGAAAGUCUAGGGUGAAUGGCGCAGAGGCUGGUAUACAGGAUUUAAAUCUCGAUGGAGAGGGAGACGGCAAUGAAGACUUCGACAGGAUUGAGGAGGAAGUCGACUAG